AUGAUUGUCGACUUGUUUCUCAUGGGGAAAGAUCCCAAUCAAGCCUCCCUAAAGAUUGAUAUUGAUCGGGUGGACGACUUAGACACCUUGAAAGUCAAAGUUGCGAGUCGGUUCAACAUUGUUGUACCGAACAGUAUCGAUUUUCAAGAUCAAGCUGGCCGUCAGCUCCUUGAUAUUGAGGAUGUUCUGGAUUGUCCCGAGGCAGUGGGAAUCCUGGUGGAUGGACACUCAGUCCGAGAACCUUCUGGACCGAAGGGGCUACCCUUUGCUGGUGCUUACUAUGAGGUCUUCCCUGACCACGUUGGUAACCACGAGCGAAUGUUCCACAGAUUUGGCGGCGUCAUAAAAUAUACCACGUAUGGCCGCGAUAACUACCUGACCCGCGACCCACGAGUCGCCGAGGUAGCGUUCGCAGAAAGCCCCUUCUUCACCAAGGCCACUUCGAACCCCAAUCAUCCGCUCCACCCUAUCAGCAAUCAGAACUCACUGUUCAUAUGCGAUACUAAUGAAAAUUGGCGAAUCGCCCAUCGGUUCAUAGCUCCGGCUCUCAACCCUAAAGCGAUCAGGCACUACCACCCUAUCCUACAAUCCGUGGUGGAAUCGUCAUUUCCCGUGUUUGACGAACUCGAUGAGCAGGGUGAAGCUUUCAACACUUACCAGUAUAUGAUGAAACUGGCUAGCGGAGCGAUCGGUCAAUGUGCCUUGGGAAUGAAUCUACACCACUUUGAUUCUAUUGACGCACCAGUACAUGACCUGGUAACUUCUAUACAAAAGACUCUCCAAUUGAACAAAAAGGUUGCAUCUAAAGGAGACUGGUACGCCAAGGUGCCAUUCGGUGACCCUAAGGAAUUAGAUCGAACUCAGAAGCAUGUUGUCCAGCUUCUCAACGAUGCUUUCGAUACUUGCCCGAAAUCUGGCGAUGAGGAUCUACCUAUCAACGAAGCUGCUCUGCGGGCCGCAUGCAUUUUUGAUUAUCUCAACCGGGCAGUUGAUGACGCUGGACAGAAAUUGCCUAGGGAGCUCGUUGCGCCCAACAUGCUCCCAGUUGUGGGAGCGGGAUUCGUGACAACGGCUUGUCUGUUGUCUUGGUUGAUCUAUUCGCUCUGCACUUAUGAAGGAACGCAAGACCGUCUCCUGCAAGAACUUGUGGAUCAUGGAGUUACCCACAAUACGACGUGGGACCCUGAUUUCGCUGACAGUCUUCCGUAUUUAAAUAAGUUCAUCAAGGAGACGCAGAGACUACAUAACCCCUCGUUCCAGCCUGGAAGGGUAGCAAAGGUUGACUGUGUCGUCCCAGGUGGAUACCAACUUCCAAAGGGGGCGGCGCUGAUUAUUGCUCUGUACGCGAUCCAUUCUAACCCUGAUAUAUGGGAUAAUCCCCAUCGCUUCGACCCAGACCGAUGGGAUCAUUUCAAUCCAAAGGACAAACCCAAAUGUUCCUAUAUACCCUUUGGGACGGGUCCACGCUCCUGUAUUGGCUUCAACUUCGCUCUUGGAGAGGUCAAGGUCGUGCUCCCAUCCCUGGUUUACAGGUAUGAGUUUGUCCGUGAAGGGGAGAAUAGCAUUGAGUAUGACCCUCAGUAUCAGCUAAUCCGCCCGAUGAAUUUGUAUAUCCGGGCCAAGAAGAGAACACACUGGCCGAAGCCAAGCGCGGCUCCAGCGUAA